ACCUCCCGUAUGCAUGUAGGUGUGUAUAUACAUAUACACACAUAUACACACACAUAUAUACACAUAUAUACACACCUACAUACCCAUAUACAUAAGUAUAUACAUUCUCAUUUUUGAUCAGUUAACCCGAGCCCAGGUCAAUAACGCCAGCCUCCAGAUGCCCAACGUGCCGAUCUUACCUCGAAUACUCGGAUGGGCAGUGGAUAAGGUGUUCGGUUUAUAAAGGUUAAGGUCCAGGCGGCAUCAGGCCGUUUCGUCAGGUACUUCGUGUUACACGACGCCUGUCAUUUCGUCAGCCGACCCCCCUCCCUUCCCCUAGGGAAGGAAUACCUAAUCAAAGCAAUUUCCCUGUCGUCUGUCUAAUUAUGGUCCCGCGGAACGAAGACGUGUUUCGGCGCCCGCCUCCCAACCCGCGAUUACUCUCAAUCCAGUCAAUCGCCUCCAAGCACUCGCUCCGUUCCCAUUCUUCCUCCUUCGAAGCCGACGAUGAACGCUCGACCUCCUCCGAUUUCAGCAGAAUGACGUCCACCCACAGCAUCGAAGAUGACUUGCCGCCCGGUCGCUAUCCGGGCGAAGAUACGCGUCCGACCAGCAGCAAGGAGCUUGCCGGCUGGUACAUGUACGCCUUCGCAGCCGAGACCUACGUGAUAUGCGCAAUCUCUUCAUUUAUUCCCAUCCUGCUAGAGAGCCUGGCUAGAGAAAAUGGCGUCCUCCUCUCCGACCGCGAUACCCCCUGCGGCGAUAAUUCCCAUGGGCCGUGUGUCGUUACGGUCGUCGGGUUCGAGAUCAACACGGCAAGCUUCGCUAUGUACACCUUCAGCAUCAGCGUUCUGCUCCAGGCGUUACUGGUGGUUAGCAUCAGCUGUGCGGCCGAUCACGGCAACUAUCGAAAGCGGCUGUUGUUGACCUUCGCCUGGGUGGGAAGCAUCUCUGUCAUGUUCUAUAUCUUCAUCUUCAAGGAGAUAUACGUCCUCGGUGCAUUACUCGCCAUCGUCUCCAACACGUCCUUCGGGGCGUCUUUCGUCCUCCUCAAUUCCUUCCUCCCCCUCCUCGUCCGCCAUCACCCGCAAUUGCAGGAGUCGACGGCCGGCCUACCUGACGACUUUGACCUUCACCAUGACGCGGAAGAGACUCGUUCCUUCUCCACAUCGCCGACUCUUGCCGAGGAUGGGUUAAGCAAUUCGACGAGCGCCUUGCUGCCGCGAAACGACGAUAGCUCCGAUGGGUAUGACCUACAGCAAAUGCCAACCCACGAAGAGAUUACUUCUAUCGAGCUUCAACUAUCGACACAAAUAUCCUCAAAGGGUAUCGGAAUCGGCUACGGCGCUGCCUUGUUCGUGCAAUGCAUCUCGAUCAUGAUCCUACUGAGCAUGGGUAGCUCGAUCUGGUCCCAGCGUGUCGUCCUUUGCUUCGUUGGAGCAUGGUGGGCCAUCUUCACCAUCCCGGCAGCGAUAUGGCUUCGACCGAGGCCUGGGCCUCCUCUUGGAGGGGGCGCGAACCAGGGUAUCCGCGCCUGGCUUUCGUACAUAGCUUUUUCCUGGAGAAACCUGUACCGGACCGUCAAGCUGGCGCGCCGCUUGGUUGAUAUCGUCCUGUUCCUGGCCGCCUGGUUUCUGAUCUCCGAUGCCAUCGCAACGACGUCUUCGACGGCAAUCUUAUUCGCCAAGACCGAACUAGGCAUGAAGCCGUGGGCACUAGGGAUGAUCAACGUUAUAUCUACGACAACGGGCGUCGUGGGCGCGUUCAGUUGGUCAUUCGUCUCGAAACAUUUCAAGCUGAAGCCACACCAAACCAUUCUGAGCUGCAUCGCGCUUUUCGAAACCAUUCCCCUGUACGGCCUUCUCGGCUACUUGCCCUUCGUCCGGCAAUGGGGAGUCCUGGGACUUCAAAGACCGUGGGAGAUGUACCCGUUGGCUGCCGUCUAUGGACUAGUUCUCGGCGGACUCAGUUCAUACUGCCGCUCCCUGUAUGGUGAGCUGAUUCCUCCUGGUUCCGAGGCGGCGUUCUAUGCUCUUUACGCCAUUACGGACAAAGGUUCGAGCGUAUUCGGCCCGGUGAUAGUCGGAGCCAUCAUAGACGCCUCUGGGGACAUCCGUCCGGCCUUCUGGUUUCUGGCGGCGUUGGUCGGUAUCCCGGCGCCGAUCCUAUACUUCGUCAAUAUCGAGCGCGGCAAGUUCGACGGAGAGAAAUUGGCUGAAGUGAUCGAAGGAUUCAAGAGCAGGGAAGACAGCGACGUCGACGCGUCUCGCGAUACUCCCGAAAACCAACGGAUGCUGGGCACAUACAGCGGCGACGAGGAGUAGCAGGUGGAUGGCCACCAGGUCAGGGCGUAAUGUUUUCCAUCCUAUCACGUGAGGGGCCAUCUUGCAUAGCGACGGCGUUGACUAUGAGUAUAGGGAAUUAUGAGAAUGAGCAUGUAUAGGUGUAAAGACCUCUCGGAAUGAGCCGAGUUAUCCUGGCAGACUGGUUGCACCAAUAACACGGUCCCGGGAAGCUUACUAAUAGAGCUAAAACCAAUAGUCGCCAGCCACCGACUUAGUUAUGUUUACACGGUCUCAUCGGCGAAAGCUGUGCGUACUCCUGGUAACCUGCACCUCAGCGAGGAGAUGGAAGCUUCUUCUAAGCUGGUAACGUGCUCUGGGUCCUGUCCUGGCCCGUACGUGUUCAUGAAAAGUUAUGUGCCUUCACACGUACAACGUAUAGUAGCACAUAUGAGUAGAUACCUAUGUCGACAGAAAGGAGUAGAUAGACAUAUGUAAGGAUGAUCGCCGUACUAAGAAGCGUUGGCAUGCUUAACGUUAUAGGGACAUUUGUAAGUGCCUACCUAGCUAAC